AUGGCCACUGCCACUUUGACAGACCGAAUCUCCGCUGAAGCUUGUGAAUCUGGUGAAAUAAUGCCUCGAGCAACAGAUGAAGGGAGUCCGAAACCAGAGACCACCUACCUUGGCCCUGGACAUCUUGUGCUCCUCAUGCUGGCCCUUGCGUUGGUCGUACUUAUGGUCACCCUUCAUAUCUCGGUAGUUGCAACGGCUAUCCCCAAGAUCACGGACGAGUUCAACACAAUCGCCGACAUUGGAUGGUAUGCCGCAGCGUAUAGCCUCUCCACUGCUGCCUUGCAGCCUCUGACGGGGAAAGCCUACAAUGGAGACAAUCAAGGCCCGUGGCGACAGUGUUGUCGUAGCACAAGUUUUGAUGGCAUACAACGAGGCCGUGGUGCGGGUAUUUUAUCUUGCGCUCGGCUGCGCCUUCUUUGGCUUGAUUACUUGCUUGGGCAUAUGGAACACAAAGAUGGAGACGAAGAGAAGCAAAUUGAAGAAAGAGGCUGCGGAGGAAAAAGCAUGAAAUUUGGGCCUGGGUUAGAGGGUGGUAUCAGCAGAACGUCGAAUGCCUGA